GCAUUCUCAUCCAACCAUGAUCUAUACAUUCUAACUUCAACUUUAACCCCACUAACAAAUCCACUCUCUCUUUUCUGUUGCCAACUUUUUCCUUAUUCUUCAUCCCCACCCUAUUUCUGAGACCGAGAUCCGUGACACCCUUUUGCAUUUCUUCUCAUGUGCAUGUUUUCUUUUUGGUCUUGUUCUGAGCAUUUGGGCUGUUAUUCUCAUCGACCCUUUAUUUGUUUUGAGUCUUAAAUUGGGCUGUUGCUGAAAAGUUUGGUACUUGUGCAUUUCUUGCUCAAUAUUUGUUUGCUUAUUACCAUUAAAGUUUGUAGAAUUGAUUGUGGUGAAAUUGAUUUUGAAUAGUUAAAUGUGAAUGGUAUAUGUGCUUAAAUUGAUUUGAAAUAUAAUUUUGUAUAACGCGUAGUUUUUAAUUAAAAAGUCGUAGAUUUGAUUCUGGAACUUUUAAACAAACGGAAUUUGGGGUUGUGUGUGUGUUCCUUCGGCUUUUUUGGUAUUAUUUGUUGAGUUUGGGGGGGUGUUAGUAACUUGGUUGCCUUUCAAUGGGGUGUUUGGAUGAGGGGCAUUUCAAUGGGGAGCUUGAAAAUGGAGUGAGUAUUGGAUGUGGUGAAGUGGGUUUUGAGGAAGAGGGAAACACAGAUACAGCUGCCAUUGAGGAUGCUGUGAAGGUGCUGUUGUUGGGUCUUGGUGAAGAUAUCAACAGGGAAGGUCUUAGGAAGACACCACUUCGUGUUGCCAAGGCCCUUCGGGAAGGAACCAGAGGUUACAGACAAAAAGUGAAGGACAUUGUCGAAGGUGCUUUAUUCCCUGAAGCUGGCUUAGAUAAUAAUAGAAUUGGUCAUGCAGGGGGUGCAGGUGGACUUGUGAUUGUCCAUGAUCUUGACCUUUAUUCCUAUUGUGAAUCUUGCUUGCUACCAUUCCAAGUAAAGUGUCAUGUGGGUUAUGUCCCUUCUGGCCAAAGAGUUGUAGGUUUAAGCAAGCUCUCUCGCGUGGCAGAUGUAUUUGCUAAACGGCUCCAAGAGCCUCAGCGUCUGGCAGAUGAGGUGUGUUCAGCAUUGCAUCAGGGAAUAAAGCCAGCAGGUGUUGCUGUCAUUCUUCACUGCACACAUAUCCACUUUCCAGACAUAGAAUCAAUCUUUCUUGAAUCUUACCAACAAGGGUGGGUUAAGACACUUGUUUCGUCGGGUUCUGGGGUUUUUGAACACAAAAAUGCAGAUGUAUGGGCUGAUUUCUUUUGCCUUCUUAAAUUCAGUUGUAUUGAUAUAGAAAAAUUUCGUCUGAGAGGAUCAUUUGACCAACGCUGGUGUCCAUCUCUGUCUUCUCUUUCUACUAAAGUUUCCUCCAAAAUUGGACCCAUCAAUCCUGUAAUGGUCGCCGCAGUAUCUUCAAUUCUCAAUUGUUUGGGAGAAGAUUCAGUAAGGAAAGAGCUUGCAGGAACUCCUAGCAGAUUUGUGAAAUGGCUGUUGAACUUCCAAAGCAUUGACAUGAAUGUGAAGCUGAAUGGUUCCCUUUGUGGAGGGAUAGAUACUUUGAACAUCAAUAGGGAGGUAAACUUCAAUGACAAACAAAUACACUCUGAGUUGAACUUGCCUUUUUGGUCUCAAUGUGAGCACCAUAUACUUCCAUUUUAUGGUGUUGUUCACAUAGGAUACUUCCUUUCAGAAAGUUAUAAUCCCAUUGGAAAAUCCAUUUUACAGUCUAUAGUUCAUUUUUAUGGUUUCAAACUCCAGGUUCAGGAAAGACUUACUAGGCAGAUAGCAGAAACCAUUUCACCACUGUUAGGUGGACAUGUAAUAGUAGUUGUAGAAGCUAGCCAUACCUGUAUGAUUUCUAGGGGAAUUGAGAAGUUUGGAAGUAGUACUGCUACUGUUGCGGUAUUAGGACGCUUUUCAACUGACAUUGCUUCAAGAACCGUGUUCUUGCAGAGUCUUAGCGCUACACCUUCUGGGGGGCAAUAAUUCCUGUUGGAGCUCACUUGAAAUGAUUUUGGCAGUGAUUCCUUUCUUUCCCUGCAUUUGUGGAGGUUUUUCUAUCAGCAGUUCAGCAGCCUAUACAUUGAUCAAUUCAACAAACCCCCUUUCAGGAAUAAUUUCAGCGCAUUACAAAGUAACCUGAAUUUUGUUCUGGUGGAACAUGCUUACACUCAGAAAUAGUCUUGUGAUUGAUAGCUAGAUCUUCAUAUUUUGUCUUGUCUGUAUGUGAGUGUAUACUAUAAAUCCCUUGAGGGAAAUUCAAGGAGUGAGCCAUUUGUCCAGAUUUAUGCUAGCAGACUUUGCUCCUAAAUUAUCAUUUAUAUUUGUUGACCCUGAAAAUUUUUCUCAAUUUAAAAAUUACAAUGGUGGUUACUCAAUUUUAUUAUUUUAUAUGAAGGUUCAGAAAGGAAAGAUUCAAACUUUAUUGUUGUACCCGCAAAUGCUUUGAUUGCCAUGGAAAUGGAGUGAUAGAAUGGAUCACUAAUAGCUUUUACAUCCUUGAACUGAUAGUUAUAUAGAUCUUGUUAAUUCUGUAAAAAUCAAGUAGCAAAGAAUGCUGAUUCUUGAGUCAAGUUGUAGAAAGACAAGACAUCAACACUGAGGCACAGACCUUAAUAGAACUACUUUUAAUAUUUGCCUCUUGGGUUAACUGUUACCCAAAUGUCCAGCUAAAGUUCAUUGAUUAUUGAAGACAGUGUAGAAUCCAAAAGCAUUUGCUUCCAUCUGCAAU